AUGAGUUCCGCUCAGAUUGCCCAGCCCACCAAAGCCGAUGAGCCAGGUUCCCCGCGAACUGAUGGCCGAGGAACCGAAUCAUAUGCUGGACACCCACAAUUGAAUCCGUACUCGUGCUUGUCGUGUCGGAAGAAGAAAAAGAAAUGCGACAGAGUGUACCCUUGUGUUAAUUGUCGCAAAGCUGGUGCUGAUUGCUUGUUUGUGCCGAGACGGCCAUCAACUAGGCCAAAGACGACUCAAGGUAUGCUUGAGAGGCUUCAGCAUCUUGAGGGAGUCAUUGGUCACUUGCGAGACAAUUACAACCAAGGAGCAACGCAGCAGUCCCCUAAGACCACAGAAGUCCGUGCGAAUGCCAUCAUAGAAGGGAGAGAGGCUACACGUCGAUCUAGCCCGACCAACAACAGAGGAACGCAAAACGAUGCCGUUACCGAACUGGGAACAGAGCUUGGCAGGCUGGCGAUCGGAGAUGGACGUAGUAGAUAUAUCAGCAGUAGCUUCUGGGCAAGCUUGGAUGAAGAGGUAGAUGAUCUCAAGAGUUUGUUGAUGGAACUACCAGAUGAUCAAAAGGUGUGGAAUACACCUAAUUCUUUGGAAAUUGGAGUUACCAAUCAAAGUUUUAUAUUUGAAACCGGUGCUCAGCAUCAGUCUUUGUCUCGAUUGCAUCCGCCCAUGCAACACGCAUUGCUAUACUGGCGUCUAUUCAAAGAAAAUUGUGACCGCCUUAUCAAAGUUUUGCACAUCCCUACAUUUGAGCCGAUGAUUCUUCAAGCCGUCAAGCAGCCAAUUGGCAUACCGAAAGGCCUUGAGGCGCUCAUAUUCUCGAUAUACUUUUCCGCCGUGGAGAGCCUCUCAGAGGAUGAAUGCUGUGAAAUUUUUAGCAGUCACAAGGGUGAUCUCAUCGACACGUACAAGUUUGCGACUGAGCAAGCACUGGCUCGAGCAAAAUUCCUCGAAACGGACGAAUUAAUCGUUUUGCAAGCUUUCGUCAUAUUUUUGAUGAGUCUACGGAAUCAUUGCAGCAUUCGACUUAUGUGGAGUCUCACUGCUCUGGUAGUUCGUCUUGCUCAGAAUGCCGGCAUUCACCGCGACGGCACUCAUUUCAAUCUAUCUCCAUUCACGGUAGAAAUGAGACGGAGGUUGUGGUGGAGUAUAUGUGUUCUCGACUCUCGCGCCUGCGAAGACUCUGGCCAUGAUGCUACGCUUCCACAUGGUGGCGCGGACACUUACAUACCGCUCAACAUCAACGAUACAGAUUUGACUGUGCAAAUGAAGGAGCCUCCUCAGCCUAGGGUUGGUCUCACAGAGAUGAGUUUCAGUCUUGUUCGUUUCGAGGCAACAAGUUUAUUUCGACGACUCCAAUACGCCUUCACUAGUCCUGUUGAGAAAGGUGAUAAAGACCAAGAUCUUGCAGAAAAGAUGAAGGAAGUCUCUGAAAGCCAACAGCGACUUGAAGAGCUCUAUUUGAAAUACUGCGACUUGUCAGAUCCUUUCUCGUGGUAUAUCUAUACUAUUGCGCAGAUCGUUUUCACAAAAAUGCGACUUGUUGCACACCAUCCAUCUUUGCGUCGUGCUGGUUAUGCAGAGCUGCCUCGAGAGACGCAGGAUCGACUGUUCACAUCCUCUAUCACAAUUCUUGAAUAUUGGCUGGCCUUGAAUACGGAAAAGAAGACCCGAAAAUGGAGAUGGUUGUGUGAGACGUACAUUCAGUGGUACGCACUUACGUUUUUACUCUCCGCUUUGUGCGUCCGCUCAGACUGCGAACAAGUAGAAAGGGCUUGGAAUGCAGUAGAUGCCACUCUCCGUCUGGGCCUCAAGCUCUCAAGCACUUCCUAUAAAAGAACCGGCGCGGAGCCAAAGCGGUUGUCAGAAAUUGACGAAACAUCUUGCGAUGCGUAUAAGCCCUUGCGUAGGCUGAUAGAAAAAGCUCGUGCGGCGAGAUCCCGAAACUCCCCGCCAAAAGACAAUGUUGCUCCAGUACCGCAAGUAGGAGUAACAAACACAGCAACGCAAGAUGAGCCAGGAACGGCAAUCGGAGGAGUAGGGGGCGGAGUCUUACUGGCUGGAAAUUUCAUAGACACUGCAGCACUAGAUAGUAUCAGUGCAUCAGGGUUCUCCGCACCUCAAGAAAUGCCAGGCAUAUAUCACCAGUGGAUUUACGAUCUGGAAUUCCCCAACCAAGGCCAUGAUGUCGUCCCAGGUGCCAUGAAUUGGGAUAUUUCUCUGGGGACGGAUGCAUCUAAGACUUUCUUCUAG